AUGAAGGGCUUCAGACAGAGAGUGCAUGAACAGUUGUCGAGGGCAAAAGACGCAAACAAAUCCUCGAAGAAGAAAGACUCCUCCCACUCGUCCCAAAACAAUGCCGCCCUCGGAGUCAACCACGGACAGCAGUCCUCUUCCCCUAACCAGGGCACCCCGACUUCGUCUACCACAUCCGUGAAUGAUACUCGAGGAAAGUCGCCGGACAAUGGCUCGCAGGCAGGAAUGUAUCCUGGUCAGUACUAUAUCCCGCAGGGCGCAGGCUUGGUUGGUCAGCCCGUGAAUAACGGUGGACCAGGUACGCCCACGAAGCAGGGACAGCAGAUGGCUCCGAGCGUGGUCAUCAGUCCAAGCGCACCGCAUGUCCCUCCCCCCGGAGCCGCCGAAACCAUGCCCGGGGAUCUCGCUCCCCCACGGAAGUCGCACGUCUUCGAUCGCCUUCAGACGACACCCAAGGAUAUGUCCGAAGGAAUCCGAACCCCUAAGCGCCAGCAUUCAUCGCGCUUCGAUAUUUCCGAUCAGCGCCAAAGAGAGUUGGAAAAGCUGCAGGGCUUCCACGAGGUUCCCCCGAAUCGUCGCCAAGAGUUGUUCAUGCAGAAGAUCGAUCAAUGCAACAUCAUCUUCGACUUUAACGACCCUACUGCCGACAUGAAGUCCAAGGAGAUCAAGAGACUGGCGCUCCAUGAGCUCCUAGACUACAUCGCCAACAACCGUUCGGUUAUCACGGAACCCAUGUAUCCCCGUGUAGUCGAGAUGUUCGCAAAGAACCUUUUCCGACCCAUCCCGCCCCCGGUGACUCCCCAAGGCGAGGCGUUUGACCCAGAGGAGGAUGAACCGGUGUUGGAAGUCGCAUGGCCCCAUAUUCAGGUGGUGUAUGAGUUCUUCUUGCGGUUCAUCGAGAGCCAGGACUUUAACACCAACAUUGCCAAGCAAUACAUUGAUCACCACUUUGUGCUUCAGUUGCUGGAGCUGUUCGACUCGGAAGACCCUCGUGAACGUGACUUCCUCAAGACAACCUUGCAUCGUAUUUACGGAAAGUUCUUGAACUUGCGAUCAUACAUUCGCAGAUCUAUCAACAACGUCUUCUUCCAGUUCACAUAUGAGACCGAGCGAUUCAAUGGAAUCGCAGAACUACUGGAAAUUUUGGGAUCUAUCAUCAACGGCUUUGCCCUUCCUCUGAAGGAAGAACACAAGCUGUUCCUGACACGAGUUCUGUUACCUCUACACAAAGUGAAGAGCUUGAGCAUGUACCACCCGCAGUUGGCCUACUGUAUUGUUCAGUUCCUGGAGAAGGACUCGUCAUUGACGGAAGACGUGGUCCUUGGUUUGCUGCGCUACUGGCCCAAGACCAACAGUACAAAGGAGGUUAUGUACCUGAACGAGGUGGAAGACAUUUUCGAGGUCAUGGACCCUGCCGAAUUUGCUAAGGUCCAGGUGCCUCUGUUCCAACAGCUUGCGAAGUCUGUCGCUAGCCCGCAUUUCCAGGUCGCGGAACGAGCGCUCUAUUUCUGGAACAAUGAAUACUUCUGUAACCUCGUUAGCGACAACGUGGAGAUCAUUCUGCCGAUUAUGUUCCCUCCUUUGUAUGAGAACUCCAAGGGCCAUUGGAACAGUAUGGUUUACAACGCGAUGAAGAUGUUUAUGGAGAUCAACCCACAGCUUUUCGACGAAUGCUCUCAUGAAUACAAUGAGCGCCAGAACAGCGCUGAAGAGCGCGAAAUGGGCAGACAGCAGAGAUGGGAGAAGGUCUUGGAACGCGCUAAAGACAGGAAGAAUGGGGUCGCUGUGCCCCCACAAUGCCAAGUUGCGGAGAUCCCCGUCCAUCUAGAUGACAUCGACCAAGUGGCACACGACAGUCAGAAGCGUCUCCAUGCCCUGAAGUUGGAUGACUCGAGCUCGACCGAGCGCCGGCCCCGAGAAAGCACGGCAUCUUCGGUAAGUACCGAGCGCCCCGAGUAG